ACUCGUUAGUCAUUGUAUCUUGUUCGCUGUGCUUUUGUUACAAUAUUUAGAAGCUCUUAAAAUGUGCGAUUCGAAUUCGUAGUUAUUGUUAAUAUUAUCAGCGAGUAGCAGCAAAUGUAUUCAAAUAUACAUAUCGAAAUUAAGGAAUUCGUAAAGUUGGAGCUUUGGCGUACAUUGUUGUUUUGGUAUUGUCAUCUGGAGCAUUAAAACGACAAUUAACUACGGCCCAGCUAGGACCAGUAUGCGCUGCAUGAAUGAUUGACCGCUUACAGAUUCGACGCUUGGGUGCAGCUGCAAGAAAUAAACGCACGGGAGGUGGCGUUAAUUUUCACUCGGCCAGUGGGAUAACGACGCCAGCGACGGCAAGCACCAGCUCCUCCAGUGGCAACAGCUUGACACCGCAACAGCAGCAUCAGCAUUCAUUAUCGCUAUCAAAUCCUCAUCAAAAUCAAAAUCAGCACGCUCAUCUGCGAAGCUCGCAGCAGCAGCAGCAACAGCAGCAGCUAGCUAGCCAUUUCAACUUCAAUCCAUCGCCGGGAAGCAGUCCUGGCAACGGAUUGGGGACACGACAAGAUGCGGCUAGCACGCUUAACAGUCCAACGGCAAACAUUGUGAACUCAGGCAGCGGCAGUGGUGGCGGCAGCAGCAGCACCGCUUUCGGAAUGCAGCAGACGGUUGGAGGUCUAGUUGGUGGGACAACAUCGAACGCAGUGGGAGCAGUUGGUCCGACGAUCGUCAACAAUGCGGCUCACAACAAUGGAGCAGGCGCCACGGUCUGCCCUGUGGGCGGCGUUGGGGGCGGAGGCCUCAAUCUGCUGGGCGGCAUUGGUGGCCUGGGCGGUGGGGCAGCCACAGCUGGCAUGGGGAUCUGUGGCGGCAUCAGCAGCACUGUGGGCAGCGCUGCCAUUACGGGUGUGCCGCCCAUUGGACUGGGCAUUGCGACGGGAAUUGGCAAUAAAAUAAUGUUGGGUCGCAAGCAGAGCCUCAAGGGUGGCGAGCCCUUUUUGGCCGACUACGGACCGGAGGAAUCGCUGAACGAAAGUGCCGACAUCGAGUGGGUCAACAAGCUGUGGGUGCGUCGUCUGAUGCGUUUGUGUGCCUUGGUCUCGCUGGCAUCCGUUUCACUCAACACACCGAAGACAUUCGAGCGGUAUCCGUCGCUGCAGUACAUCACAUUCGUGUCGGACACAGCUGUCACAGUUCUCUUCACAGCCGAGAUGAUUGCCAAAAUGCACAUUCGGGGCGUUCUGCAUGGUGAAGUGCCAUAUCUUAAGGAUCAUUGGUGUCAGUUCGAUGCUUCCAUGGUCAGCUUUCUGUGGGUCUCCAUCAUACUGCAAAUCUUUGAAGUUCUUGAAAUUGUGGCAAAAUUCUCGUAUCUAUCUAUAAUGCGGGCCCCUCGACCACUAAUUAUGAUACGCUUUCUGAGAGUUUUCCUUAAAUUUAGUAUGCCCAAGAGUCGCAUCAAUCAAAUUUUCAAACGAUCGAGUCAGCAAAUUUACAAUGUGACGCUAUUCUUUUUAUUCUUCAUGUCAUUGUAUGGACUGCUGGGAGUGCAGUUCUUUGGCGAGCUGAAAAAUCACUGUGUGAUGAACAAUACGGAGUACGAUAUACUGGGCAGACCAGUACUAACGAUCAACUCGCUGGCCAUACCAGACACAUUCUGUUCGAUGGAUCCUGACUCGGGUUAUCAGUGUUCGCCAGGCAUGCGGUGUAUGAAGAUGGACUUCCUGAGCAGCUACGUGAUUGGCUUUAAUGGGUUCGAGGACAUUGCCACAAGUAUUUUCACCGUUUAUCAGGCCGCAUCACAAGAGGGCUGGGUUUUCAUAAUGUACCGAGCUAUCGAUUCGCUACCCGCUUGGCGAGCAGCUUUCUACUUCAGCACAAUGAUAUUCUUCCUCGCCUGGCUGGUGAAGAACGUUUUCAUAGCCGUGAUCACGGAGACAUUCAACGAGAUACGCGUGCAGUUCCAGCAGAUGUGGGGAGCCCGGGGACACAUACAAAAGACCGCUGCCUCGCAGAUACUUAGCGGCAACGAUUCCGGCUGGCGACUGGUCACCAUCGAUGACAAUAAACACGGCGGAUUGGCGCCCGAGACGUGUCAUGCCAUUCUUCGAUCUCCGUACUUUCGGAUGCUCGUCAUGACCGUGAUUCUGGCCAACGGCAUUGUGACUGCCACGAUGGCCUUCAAGCAUGAUGGACGACCACGUCACAUAUUCUACGAGAGAUACUACUACAUUGAGGUGGCAUUCACAUGCCUGCUCGAUCUGGAAACGCUGUUCAAGAUCUACUGUCUAGGGUGGCGCGGUUACUAUAAGCAUUCGAUACACAAAUUUGAAUUGUUGCUGGCCGCUGGCACCACGCUGCAUAUAGUUCCCAUUUUCUAUUUGUCAGGAUUGACGUAUUUCCAAGUGUUGCGGGUGGUGCGACUGAUUAAGGCAUCGCCAAUGCUGGAGGGCUUUGUCUACAAGAUCUUUGGGCCUGGCAAAAAACUUGGUUCGCUGAUUAUAUUCACUAUGUGUUUGCUGAUCAUUAGCUCGAGCAUUUCAAUGCAAUUGUUUUGCUUCCUCUGCGAUUUCACCAAGUUCGAAUCGUUCCCCGAAGCCUUCAUGAGCAUGUUCCAGAUUCUCACGCAAGAGGCGUGGGUAGAGGUCAUGGACGAGACAAUGAUACGAACGAGUAAAACCCUGACGCCAUUGGUUGCCGUCUAUUUCAUACUUUACCAUCUGUUUGUCACACUCAUCGUGCUCAGUCUUUUCGUGGCGGUUAUUUUGGAUAACUUGGAGUUGGACGAGGAUAUCAAGAAGCUGAAACAGCUCAAGUUUCGUGAGCAAAGUGCUGAAAUUAAAGAGACGCUGCCUUUCCGAUUGCGCAUCUUCGAAAAGUUUCCGGACUCGCCACAAAUGACAAUACUGCAUCGCAUCCCAAACGAUUUCAUGCUCCCCAAGGUACGCGAGAGUUUCAUGAAGCACUUUGUCAUCGAACUGGAAACCGAUGAUCCAUCAAUGGUAGAGAGUUGCAAGCGGCCCAUGUCCGAAUGCUGGGAGUCCAAUGUUGUGUUCCGCAAGCAAAAACCUGUGCGCAUUAUGAACAAAACCGCCAAGGUGCGAGCUGCUGGCAGUAGCCUACGCAAGUUGGCCAUCACUCACAUAAUUAACGAUAGCAACAAUCAACGUCUUAUGUUGGGCGACUCAGCCAUGUUGCCAGUGGUGGGCACCAAAGGAGGCCUCAAGUCACAGGGCACGAUAACGCAUUCGAAGCCGUGGCGGGUGGAUCAGAAGAAAUUUGGAUCACGCUCCAUACGUCGCAGCGUACGUUCUGGCUCGAUCAAGCUGAAGCAGACCUAUGAGCAUCUCAUGGAGAACGGUGACAUUGCGGCCGCUCCGCGCGCCAAUUCUGGUCGGGCUCGGCCUCACGACUUGGACAUCAAGCUGCUGCAGGCGAAACGGCAACAGGCCGAGAUGCGACGCAAUCAGCGGGAGGAGGACCUAAGAGAGAAUCAUCCGUUCUUUGACACACCGCUGUUCCUGGUGCCGCGCGAGAGUCGCUUUCGCAAGAUAUGCCAAAAGAUCGUGCAUGCCCGAUACGAUGCGAGGCUUAAAGAUCCACUGACAGGGAAGGAGCGCAAAGUGCAGUACAAGAGUUUGCACAACUUUCUUGGUUUGGUCACCUAUCUGGACUGGGUGAUGAUCUUUGCCACCACACUUUCAUGCAUAUCCAUGAUGUUCGAGACACCCAGUUAUCGUCUAAUGGAUCAUCCCACACUUCAAAUAGCCGAAUAUGGAUUCGUCAUAUUUAUGAGCCUGGAGCUCGCGCUCAAAAUUCUCGCCGAUGGAUUGUUCUUUACGCCCAAGGCUUACAUUAAGGAUGUAGCUGCCGCAUUGGAUGUAUUCAUUUAUGUGGUGUCCACGUCGUUUCUUUGCUGGAUGCCACACAAUAUACCCACAAAUUCGGCCGCUCAACUGUUGAUGAUUCUACGCUGCGUCCGACCUCUGAGAAUCUUCACGCUGGUGCCGCAUAUGAGAAAAGUUGUCUAUGAACUGUGCCGAGGCUUCAAAGAGAUCUUAUUGGUAUCCACUCUGCUCAUUCUACUGAUGUUCAUAUUUGCCAGCUAUGGGGUGCAAUUGUAUGGUGGACGUUUGGCGCGUUGCAAUGAUCCGACGAUACUGCGGCGAGAGGAUUGUGUUGGCGUUUUUAUGCGACGUGUCUUUGUGACCAAAAUGAAGCUGACUCCGGGACCAGAUGAGUCGUAUCCGGCGAUGUUGGUGCCACGCGUCUGGGCGAAUCCUCGUCGCUUCAAUUUCGACAACAUUGGGGAUGCGAUGUUAACCUUGUUCGAGGUGUUGUCUUUCAAGGGUUGGUUGGAUGUUCGCGAUGUUCUUAUUAAAGUUGUUGGACCGAUUCAUGCUAUCUACAUCCACAUCUACAUAUUCUUGGGUUGCAUGAUUGGUUUAACCCUCUUUGUGGGUGUUGUUAUCGCAAACUACUCGGAGAACAAAGGCACAGCGCUGUUAACUGUUGACCAGAGGCGAUGGUGUGACUUGAAGAAGCGUCUCAAGAUCGCUCAGCCUCUGCAUUUGCCACCGCGACCAGAUGGUCGAAAGAUUCGUGCCUUUACCUACGACAUUACGCAGCACAUUAUCUUCAAGCGUGUCAUUGCUGUGGUCGUCUUGAUCAACAGUAUGUUGUUAUCUAUAACAUGGAUUAAAGGAGAGGUGCACACGGAGCGUUUGGUUAUUGUUAGCGCCGUGCUCACCUUUGUGUUUGUUGUUGAAGUUGUGAUGAAGAACAUUGCCUUCACACCUCGGGGCUACUGGCAGUCCAGGCGCAAUCGCUACGAUCUGCUUGUAACGGUUGCUGGCGUCAUCUGGAUCAUAUUGCAGACAAUUCUCAGGAAUGAUUUGUCAUACUUUUUUGGUUUUAUGGUAGUUAUCCUGCGUUUCUUUACUAUAACUGGUAAACAUACAACGUUGAAAAUGCUGAUGCUAACGGUUGGUGUCUCAGUGUGCAAAUCUUUCUUCAUCAUUUUCGGAAUGUUUCUCUUGGUCUUCUUCUACGCGCUGGCUGGGACAAUAUUAUUUGGUACUGUAAAGUAUGGAGAAGGUAUUGGACGGCGAGCGAACUUUGGAUCCCCGGUGACUGGCGUCGCAAUGUUAUUUCGGAUCGUUACCGGCGAGGAUUGGAAUAAAAUCAUGCACGAUUGUAUGGUUCAGCCACCAUAUUGUACGCUUGGUGGGAAUUACUGGGAAACCGAUUGCGGCAAUUUCACAGCAAGCUUGAUAUAUUUUUGCACAUUUUACGUGAUCAUCACGUACAUUGUACUCAAUCUACUUGUGGCUAUUAUCAUGGAGAACUUUUCAUUAUUCUACUCAAAUGAAGAGGAUGCCCUGUUGUCCUAUGCAGACAUACGUAACUUUCAAAACACCUGGAACAUUGUCGAUAUUCAUCAGCGGGGUGUUAUUCCUGUGCGUCGGGUGAAGUUCAUUUUGCGACUCUUGAAAGGUCGCCUCGAGUGCGAUCCGCAAAAGGAUCGGUUGUUAUUCAAAUACAUGUGCUAUGAACUGGACAAGCUGCAUAAUGGCGAGGAUGUAACAUUCCACGAUGUUAUCAACAUGCUUUCGUAUCGAUCGGUGGACAUUCGAAAAGCAUUACAGCUAGAGGAGUUGCUGGCUCGUGAGGAAUUCGAAUACCUGGUGGAGGAGGAAGUAGCUAAAAUGACUAUACGUACCUGGCUGGAAGGCUGCCUCAAAAAGAUACGUGCACAAAACGCCAGUAAGCAACAAAACUCAUUGAUUGCCGGUCUGCGUGCCACGAACGAGCAGUCGGUGAUGCGACCGAACGUACAAGAGGAUUUGGCACCCAGCGGAGUGCUGGACAAAUCAGCGAUUAGUACAAUAAGUGGUGCGGUUGCCGGCACCUGUCCGCCCACCAGCGAUGCCUUCUCGCCCACUUUGAGCUCAACGGAGAACGAUGAGAAGGAUGCCAAUAGCAGUGCCGCGAUUGUCUUAACCCAUUCCGAUGUCCACGCCACCGGGGUGCGUCACGUAAUGGCGGUGGGUGGAAAGCGGAGUUAUGCCCUCAACCGAAGUGAUUCCACCGGCAGCUCGGCGGGACGUAAGUUUUUGGCGCCCACUUCAAGUGAUCCGCAGCAGCGAUCGACGUUGAGCGAUAAGGAGCGAUUGCAUAUUAGCAGUCAACAGCGGAAGAAGAACUCAAUGACCACAUUGCCACAUGUGGCACAAUUGGGACAGCUGGGCAAACAGCGCGACACGAACAAGUCAUCGACGAUUUUCAGUGAAAUUGGCCAGUUUCACUAUCCGAUCAUCAAUCAAACGGUAGCUGCUACCGCCGCUCUACAUGGCUAUGGAGAUCACCAUCAGCAUCAGCAUCAACACCCGCAUCAUCAUGGCGUCCUCAGCAGUUCCUCGGCCAUGAUGAGCCAGCUAAUUGGUGGCAGUGGCAAACUGCUACCGUUCAAUAAUCAGGCAAACGCGGUCUAUGAGGUCCACGAUUGGUGGCAGGAGCAGGUCUUGUGCCCUCAAACUAGCGACGAUGAGGUGUAG